AUCAGCAGCACUCCCACGCCGCUCCGAGAACUUCCCCUGUCCCCUCCCACUCGUAACCCCAGGAACCCCAAAUGCGAUCCAUGGCGGCGGCCGGUUGGCUCCGGCGAGCGGCGACCGCGGCAGCGGUGCCCCGUCUUCCUUCUGGCCUUCCGCUGCUACUGACUCCUCCCCCCGCUCCUCUUCCCGAGUCUCAGUCGCUCGUAGUCCCCGGACUCGGCGCCGCCGCCGGAGCCGCCAUGGAGCUCAUGGCCGUCCCCAAGAAGAAGGUCUCCAAAUACAAGAAGGGUUUGAGGAAUGGACCCAAAGCGCUCAAGCCUGUGCCAGUGAUUGUCCGUUGCAGGUGUUGUGGCCGAGUGAAGCUACCUCACUUCUACUGCUGCAGCGGAGAAAGAGGGAACCCCAGCGAUUCGAGCUAAUAAAAUGUUGUGUCUCCCCACUUCAGUUUGCACACCAAGCUAUGGCUGAACAUCGUAAUAUCAUGAAAGUCCUCAGAUCUCACUUUUGAUUCAGAUGUUGUUCUCUUUGCGAACAUUUAAGCAAUGUACACUUACUCUAGUUUGAAUUUCGCAGUGUCAUGUCAAACUUUUUUCUGC